AUGCCUCGCUGGACUAGAUCUUCUCGUGGCAGCAGCCGUAGUAGCUUCGGCGGCUUCGCUCCCGGAGUGUCGGUUCCCAGAGGAACUGCCUUCACUAUGAGAAGCAAUCCUUCCGAGAUGGAGGAUAUGAGACAGGCCUUUAGGCAACACGAAUUUGAACAGGAGCACUUCUGUCAACAACAGCAGCAACAACAACGAGGGCGACAAGGGCCAGAGCCUUCUGAAGAUGAACCUGAGCCCAUGGCCCAGGAGUACCAGAGAAUGCAUCAACAGCAGGCUCAGUUCAUGGCCGAUCUGGAAAAGGGCCAGGGUGACUUGCCAACACCCUUUAGGCAGCUGAUGUGGACUCGAGGCAUGACCUGGGCCAUGAUUGGCUUUCUCUUUGUCAUUGCUGGCAUUAUUGCCCUUUACUUUGCUCGCAAGGAUUUCAAUGCAAAGAACUCUGCAAAGGUUUGGGCAUGA